GAAGGGCGGGGUUCACUUCGACCCCUGGGCAACAGAAACGUGUAGAGGAAAACGUGUAGGCUACUCAGAAACCAUGGCUUUAGUCGGUGUCAGACAAAUAAAGUAGGCUGACUGCCGAAGAUGAUGUGCACGAAGACUAAUUAGGCUAGUGUGUUAUAUCAGCAACAUAUAUUAGCUUACCUUUUCUUUAUGUAUGAAGACAAAAGAUCGGUCUACUCGCAUUUUGGUGAAUUGUAGCCUAUAGCAGCUGCCAAUAAAGCAAAUUAAAAGACUGCUUUAAUUGAUGAAUUACUUCCUCUAAAAAAACAGUGUCAUUCAGUUCGGACUGAAUGCAUUAAUUCAUUCUCCUUUGUUUAAAAAAUAAGUUGUUUUAAAUAUAAAGGUUUCCGAUAAACCCCACGGAGGUAGUUCGUGUGCUACCAAACACGCGCAGGUUUCUUCCCAUAGAAUUUGCAACAUGGGAGCACGCGGGCACGCUUUGGGAUGCCGCGGGCUGCUUCUCGGCGGAGUUUUUGCGUUUCUUCCGGGGAUAUUUUUUCUACAGGCAGAAGCCGGCUGUGCCGAGAGGGAAAACCCAAACUGUUGCACUGGACGAAACAAUGAAUGCCACGAAUUUUCCCGACGAAAAACUGUUUGCUACUGCGACACAUAUUGCCAGAAAACCGGGGACUGUUGUGAAGACUACCAACGUGUUUGUCAAAUAUCCGCAGCCAUCGACUGUGUGGUGGGUCGGUGGGGGGGGUGGAGCCAGUGCAGCGCCCCCUGUGGGGCGGGCAGUAAGGAGAGGAGCCGCCAGGUCACCGUGCCCCCCAGGAAUGGAGGGGCGCCCUGCCCAGACCUGAAACAGCGCCGAGGCUGCUUCGGCCAGAGCCCCACCUGCAGCUCCGCCAAAGAGGUGGCCAAAAUCCUGCCCGAUUCCUUCAAGAGGAACUUUAAGGACCCCUGGAGACGGCCGCACAUGCUGAUGAAGGAGGAGACGCCCAGUUACUGUGUGCAGCUGCGGGUGAAGCAGGCCAGCGCCCCCUGCAGGCUGCAGGUGUGGAGCGCCCAGCUGGUGAGGGAGAGAUCCGUCUGCGCAGAGUGCCAGAGCGACGCCAUGGACAGCAAACAGCGCUGCGGGGGAGACGGGCUGGAGGCCACACGGACGUUCUGGACGGCAGCGUCAGUGCCUGGCUGCCACGGGUCCUGGGUUCGAGAGUCGUCCACGGAGAACUGCCAUUGCCCGAUGCACUCUCUAAUCUUCGUGUAGCCCCCCCCCCCCCCCCAUGCCAUGGCGAGUGCGCUCACACGUGUGACUCAGGUGUAACCAAGGGAACGCCAGCCAGCCGCCUCCCCUGCCCGAGAUGGGAGGAGCAGCAGGAAAAACUGAUCUCCCUCCACCCUGACCACCCUCACACACACACACACACACACACACACACACACACA